AGUAGGGUCCGGAGGUAAAGGGGAGGGGAGUUGUUGUCGGUCCGUGACAUGAAUGAACCAUGUUCUGCAACGGAGUCUUAGCUCUCCCCGUUUGCUCCUUUCUCCUGCUUCUCGUCCCGUUUUUCCCGCUAACGGACAACUGGCCGGUUAAGGAGGAGGUGUUUCAGUGGUGGGGGGAGUGGUCCAGUUGGUCCUCAUGUUCCAGGAGCUGUGGAGGAGGAGUGAGGAGCCAGGAGAGACACUGUCUCAUACAGAGGCUGUCUUCCACUCAGAAUGUAAACAGCUCAUAUUGUGUUGGCUCCCCUAAAAAGUACCAGCUCUGUCCAAACCAGCCCUGUCCCAGCACCAACGUUAGCUUCAAAGAGCACCAGUGUUCCCAGUUCAACUUUAAAGCCUUUGGAAGGAGAUACUAUCAGUGGAUACCUCUUUACCCAGCUGAUUACAUCAGCAUCUCCAAUAGGCCAUGUGACCUGCAGUGUACAACCAUCAGUGGUGAGCGACAGCUGCUGGUUCCUGCCCAUGAUGGCACCUUCUGUCGGGAUACUAAAACCCAUGGAGUGUGUAUAGAGGGGAUAUGUCAGCCUGUAGGUUGUGAUGGGGAGCUGUACAGCAGUAAGACUGUAGACAGAUGUGGCGUGUGCGGAGGAAACGGGACAUCAUGCCAACGGAUCUCUGGAUCCUACAGGAAGGCACUCACACAGUUAGGUUAUGUGUUCAUCACCAACAUCCCAGCUGGAGCUUCAGACAUUCAGAUCGUAGAGAGACACAAGACUGAGAACAUCCUGGCCCUGUCAGAUGAAGCGGGAUAUUUCUUCUUCAAUGGAAACACAGUAUUUGACAAUCCUCAAAAUUUCCACGUGGCAGGAACAGUGUUCAAAUACCGCCGUCCAAGCAGUGUGUUCUCCGAUGGGCUGGAAUACAUCAUUGCUCAGGGACCCACUCUGGAGGGUCUUAAUGUUAUGUACUACAACUUGAAUGGGAAACUCCCCCACAUCACCUACGAGUAUACCAUCCCACUCAAGUCUCAUGCCAUCACUGCAGGCCCCGCCCACUCCAGUCUUAACCUUACCUAUAAUGAUGUAAAUGUGGAUCAGAGUAGCUUGAUGAACCACAGCAGAGGCUCAGCGUCUGUCCAUCACAGUGUUGAUGACCACUCAGAUGUCCAGCUGCAGGAAGAAGAGGAGGAGGAGGAAGUGCUGUGGAAGGUCCGGACACCCAGCCCACCACCAGCACCGGUGGCCAUAAUGGUGUACAGACCAGCUGAUGUCAGUCAUGUGUUUAGUCACAAUGAUGUGGAGGAACAAGGACCUCCAGCACCAUCUGGCUACAGAAGCUCUUCCAACUCAAUUAACGAGCCGUCCGCUGAUGAUGACAACACGCUGGUGCUCUCGUUCCCAGGUAGUGAUCAGAGUGUUCAUUCUGCAGAAGAAGCCCCUUACCUGCUACUGGAGGAUUUACAUUACAACCACACACGGUCAAACACACACUCAGCUAAACACACACUCACCGAUCAGCCUUCUCAAGCAGAUACCCGUGUGGAAACAGUGGCUGCUGCAGACACACACUCUGAAACAGACAGUGGAGGACACACUGCCAUCCUGGUAGAGCUGCAGCAAGUGUUAGAGGUCCAGGCAGCCAACACAGAGAGCAACAACUUUGAUGUAGGUCUGGAGCCACAUAUCGGUCUGGCAGACGGGUAUCGCUGGAAGGUUUCUGCUUAUGCUCCGUGCAGUUCAACCUGUACAACAGGUAUCACCACCACGUAUGCCCUGUGUAUCCAGUAUGAUGGCACUGAAGUGGAUGACCAUCACUGUGACUCUCUGACCAGACCAGAGCCCACACAUGAACUCUGUACCGGAAAGGAAUGUCCUCCACGAUGGGAGACUAGUGGCUGGAGCGCGUGCUCUCGAACGUGUGGCGAGGGUGUUCAGUAUCGUACCGUCCGCUGCUGGAAGAUGCUGUCUCCUGGUCUCGACUCCUCUGUUUACGAUUCGCUUUGUCUAUCUCAUGACCUCCACAAACCAGCUAGUAGAAAGGUGUGCCAUGGACAGAGCUGCGGCCCUCAGUGGGAGGUGUCGGAGUGGUCAGAGUGCUCAGCACGUUGCGGCUCUCAGGGCGUCCGCACUCGAGACGUUCGCUGCUCUAUGGAAAGGAGACUGUGUAACGAGUCCUCUCGGCCAAUAGAGAGCCAAGAAUGUGAAGGCCCGCCUUGUGACAGACGAUGGACGGUUUCUGAUUGGGGACCUUGCUCAGGUGUGUGUGGGGAGGGAAGGAUGGUGCGUGCUGUGACCUGCCGUUCAUCAGGUGGACUUGUGAUGUCAGACGGGCAGUGUGACCAGUCGCUGCGUCCGUUGGCCAUCUAUCCCUGUGGCGACCGAGACUGUGCCCCCCACUGGGUUGAACAGGAGUGGCAACAGUGUAACGCCACCUGCGGGCGUGGUGUGCGGCAGCGUCAGGUGGUGUGUGCCGGCCUGGAAGGAGGUGUGUUCAAAGAGUUUCCAGACAGCAGCUGUGACCAAAGCAACAAACUGCAGAACAGCUCCUCCUGCUUCCAGAGGCCCUGCUCCAAGUGGUUCACCACAUCCUGGUCUCAGUGCAGUAAGACCUGUGGGCGAGGUGUCCAGGUUCGAGAAGUCAAGUGUUACCAGGGGGAGGAGUUGGUAACCAGGGGCCAGAGCUGUGACUCGGCCCUCAAGCCAGAGGCCAAGCAGAGCUGUGAAAUCCAGAGCUGUCCAACAGAAGCACCAGCAGCAGCAGCUGCUGUAGCAGCAGACGCCUGCCAAGACAAGCCAACGGCCAACUGCGCCCUGGUCCUGAAGGUGAAACUGUGUUCCCACUGGUACUACAGAAAGGCCUGCUGCCAGUCCUGUAAGGCACCGAGACCCUGAAGUCUUAACUGCAACCUCUCACCUCAACACCACCCACUGGUACCAAAGGUCACAGUGUGUUUUUAUUGGUGCUGCACAAAGCUGGCUAAUCAACAUUAGCCUUAUUUCUUUUACCCAAUCACUGAUGUCAAAGGUCAACUUGUGGUCACUCAAUGACUUUUUAUCUUGUCAGCAUUCUUCUUUUUUUACUCCUUCUUGUUAUUGUAGGAAGUAUUAGCAGUAUGACUUCUCCUCCCUUCAUCCUUCCUGACAUAAUGUCAAAGUCAAGUCCCGACUAUGUGUGCUACCAGAUCCUUUUAGUGCCCCCCCAACAAUGUGAAGGUAGACUAACUUUAAGGCUCAAAGUUGGUGGAAGGAGGAAAACAGUGUUUGGAUUAACAAUGAUGUCUUUACUGUCUGCCACUCCAAGUGUAUUCAAAUGUGUAUUCAAGGUGCUAAAGAAGCUGCGUCCAAACCACACGAAAGCCUUAAAGCAGCUGCCGUCAUUGUGGCAGCAGACGAGAGGGAACAAGUGUGGCUGAGCCUCACCAACCCGGCUCUGUCCUGUUACACACUCCAACCCUUACAGAGAGUUUCAGCAGGUUGUUCUACUGCCGCCAUGAUGGACUACACGCUUCCUUUUCCCCACUGCUUUAGUGUUUACUUCAUCCUGACCAAUGUUCUGAUCCAUAACACGACUCAGUCUGGUCUUCAAAUCAAACUGCGUUUGAUUGAGCUUAAAGGGAAGCCCUAUAACAGCCCAAUAUUAAACUCACGUAUGGCACAUAAAAACUAGCUUACUGCCACUUCUGACUACAGCUACAUGAAGUCAGACAGAUUUCCACUGCAGGAAUCCAGGAGUCCAAUCAGACUCUCUUGGAGCCAGUCUCAAGCGUCUCCUAGAGGAGCUGCAGUUUAUAACAAUGAACAUCAUUUUUGCACCCCAGAGGUUCACUGCAGGCGCUGGUUGUGCGUUAGUCUGCAAAGCUGUGCACAGGAUCAUUGUCGACACCACCAGGUGGCAGUGCAGUGUAAACAUAUGUGGAUCAACCUGUGUGUGUUGAUGGUCCUUCAGCUUGUCACAGUGAAGACUGAAGCCACGACACAGUGAAGUGAAACCGAAUGUUAGAAAGUAUCAGAAGUGUCCACUGCAGCCUGGAUGUGCUUUUCAUGCAGUGUUUUAGUCUUUGCACUCCUCCACUGUCCCUCUCAUUCCUGUCACAGCCCACUUUUCAACCAAUCAGCAUUCAGCCUGUGCACUUCUGUUUUUGUCUUUUCUCCUUUUUUUUUUUUUUUUUUAGAGAGAGGACUGCUCACCUGCAUCGGCUGCAUAAACCAAAUCCUUCAGUCUUACAUUUGUUGCAGUGUCGCCCGUCCCUCACUUUAUAAAGACGCAGCACUCUGCAGUAAUGCACCCAGUGGACUGAAGUGGAGGAGUUAGUUCUGUUUUUACUCUGUCAGCAGAUUCAAUUGUCUAAUCUUUGUGGUUUUUGAGACUGCAGUGAAAACACACACGAUCAAUAUUUUGAAAGUACCUUUUAGUUCCUUAGAAAGGUUCCUAGGAUGAAGUUCUGGAUACUUUUAUGUGGCAAAGCAACUUUUGGAAAUUAAACUAAAUGGAAUUGUGGGGAAGAGCGUCCAUAUAAUUGUUUUUUAGAUGUAAAGUCAGAAUGUUAUAUGAACACACACACACACACACACACACACACACACACACACACACAUUUUUCAACAGUUUCAUCUGAACUGUACUCCAGUUGUUUGUGUUUGCUCAGCACAAAGAACUGCGCCGCAUCUCUGAAGACUUUUUCCUAACUAGUGGCAGUGGCACAGUGGGUAGGCGCCUUGCAGCUGGAGGGCUGCCGGUUCGAGCCCCUGUCCAAGAAUUUCAAGAUUUGUCAUUAUACGUCAAGACAUACAAUGAAAUUAUGUCCCGGCGUGUCCUUGGGCAAGACACUUAAACCACAUUGCCUAUUUAAACGGUAGCGCCGGUCUCUGGCUGCAUGACCGCAGAUGCUCGUCUCUGGAUGAGUGAACUGGGACGCUCGUUUCGUUGUGUGCCUUGUGUGCACAAUGACAAUGAGUUGAAUCUAAUCUAACUGGUGAUUCUUUAGCUCGCAGGCCGUAUCAUGCUGUAUCAUACUGUACCCUGUAAAUAAGGCUUUGGUGUUGUUUGCCUCAACGUUUGGGCCCAGUCAGUGGAUAAACUGAAGCUGGUAUAAGCAGGUUUCUUUAAAUGAUUUAAAAUAAUCCAAGUUGACUGGUAAGGAAUCGAUUGAAUUUCUGAACAGUUUUCCUCAAAGAAUUGUGACAGCGAGCAAGUGAAAAUGUAAAGCAGGUAUUUCAGACCACAGCAACCAAGUGCAAACUCAUCAGUGGUGCUGUCAAACAGAACAGGGUGAGGAGGAGCGUGUUAGUCGUACCAGCCUGGCCGCCAGGGCCAAACUCUCAUCUUCUUCGUACACUGUUCUCAUGAUUGUCUCCCAAAGCCUCGUUUACCUGAUGUUACACUGCCCGCAGAGCUGCUGCUGCUGCUCUGACCAUUUGUACUG